CAUUGAAAACGCCAACUGAGGUAAGCGAAUGGCAGAUUAAACAGACAGUCAAAAAUCAGCUCGUCAAUUCCUGGAAUACCUCGCGCGGUUUACAUGCGUGCAUACAUAUGUACAUACAUUUUUUUGCAGAAAUCCACAAAACUAAACUGAAUUCCUAAAAUUGAAGUGUUUAAAAUGGAAUGCUUUUUCAAAUCCCCGGCACAAGAGUCAAAUGCAAUAAGCCAGCAGCAUCAACCGCUCAUUCAGUACUCACGUUCCCCAUUCGAGUUUCCAUCAACACAAUACGAGUCGUAUCAGGAAAAUGGUACAAAAUAUCUUAAAAGCUUGAAACCCAUUCCUGAACCAGUGCAACUGCAGCUAAACGCAUGCGCAGGAGAGAUUUUUAUCAGUGGCAUACCACCAGAGAUAAGAGCUGAGGCCAUCGCAGAAAUUGCCGCCCUCCUUGGUGAACUUUAUAUUUUACGUUAUAAGGUGAAUUUUUCAGGAGACUCGCGGGGAUUUGCUUAUCUUCAAUAUGUAAAUCCUUCGCUAAUGCAGCUGGCUAUUAUUCGCUUACCGGCACUUUUUCGACAGCACUCGCUCCCCAUGAUUCGGGUUCGUCAGUCUCGUAAUUCCUCUAAACUUUUAUUGAAAAAAACGUAUCGUUUGUCACCGGAGAGUGUUUACGAAACUCUGCGUCAGCUGAUUACCUUUGAUAAACUAAUUGGACAAGAAGUAUUUCCCGGCUAUUUCGAGUACCAGAUCAUCUUUAAAAGUAAUGAAGAAGCCGUGCAUGCUCGACGUGAGCUUCUGCGAACUAUCUCUAAAUUUGGAAGAAAUGCUAUUGUGGUAUGGGAUACUACCAAUGAGGUAGUCGAUGGUGCAACUCCAAGAGGGUUGGAGCAAGACUGUGAAACAGUACGGAAUGAGAGUGACCCUACCCUUAUACCCGCGGGUGUUUGCACCCAGGAGUAUGCUCGGGCACCGUUAAUCGCCUCACCGCUGGUUUCUAUCAACGGAGAUGAACAAAGUGUUGAAGUUUUUGAGCCCAUUAAAGGCUGGAGUUUCACAUUCUAAGAGUUCCCUUAAAAGUGAACCUUAAAUUCCGCUAGUGGAAUUAAAAAUAUCGUUGGGUAUUUCGUAAUAAUUUCAAAUCAAAUAAUUUUUUACCAAAUUACAAGAGGCUUCUAACGAUUUCUUUAAAUUAACGGUGCAUAGUUUCGCCACAAAUUAUGUAUUUCUAUUUAUAAAUGCACGUAAGUUGGUAAAUAAUGUGAAAUAAGUUUUGGUAACGGGCAAA